CCGCUUGUCUACCUUACACACCCAUAGAGCUUGCCUUCACGUCCUCGAAAUCCUCUGCUCUUUCCUCGCAUCCCUCUGUUACGAAGCAAACACUCCUCAGCGGCCUCUUUUCUACGAUCGAUCCAUUGGUCGUGACGCAGCAGCUGAUUGCAAAACACUGGACCUGAAGACAACAGAAGUACUGACACCACUACUCACACACAAGCAUGGCUGUGACUCGCCGAAACGAAAACAAGAUCAAAACUGAGCCCGCGGAUACUGCUGGUGCUACUAAAGCUUCCUCUGCUGUCAAGGUGAAGGACGAGAUUGCCAAUGACUUCGACACGGACCUCGUGAAAGUGUGUGGGACGGAGGACUGCGAUUCCCCGAUCUUCUCCACCUGCGGAUCUCCCGACGACAUUGAUGAGAGUGCUGGAAGCGAACUCGGGGACUAUGAGCUCUCGUACCUUCACUCACUGUACCACGGAGAUCUUCCUGACACAAUCCUUCCGGACGCGGUCGCACCCCCAUCCCUGGGCUCGACCUCCUGCCUUACGGGGCUUCCAUGCGCAAAGAAUGGUGGACUGAUGAAUGCGGUGAGCACUUUUGGAGAAGCUGAGAGCUUCGGCUAUGGCGGGAGGGGGCUCGUGCAGCCCGACACUCCUCCACGGGGUGGGCAUGAUUCAUGGGACUCCGACAGUUCCCCGCGCUGCUUGUCUCCCUGUGUUCCAUCUGGACCUGUUCCCAAGUCUUCCUUGAGCAAGGCAAGCAACAACAAUCGCAAGCGCAAGGCUGGUGUCGCUGAGAGUGCUCCGAGCAAGUGUGCUCGUGCUGCUUCAGUGGACAUCUCUGAGGACGGGAAUAUCUCCGACGCCGAGUCUGCAUCGAACAGAGGAACCUACGAUGGUUUGGAGAUCCGCCCUGAGGAUGACCCGCUGGGCCUUUUCAAGAAGGACCCUGCGACUCUUACUCCGGAGGAGCAGCGAAUCUUGAAGAAGCAGCGAAGGCUCUUGAAGAACCGAGAAAGCGCUCAGCUUUCUCGUCAUCGCAAGAAGAUGCAUCUGCAUUCUCUUGAGAAACAAGUUGACCAACUAAAGAAGGAGAAGGCGGCGUUGGCAAGCAGAGUACAAGAGCUUGUGGACGAAAACGACAGGCUUCGGAAACAAAUUUUACUAGCACUCUAAACUAACGGCCAUAUUUGCGUCCUGUAUCGAAAAAAUAUUAAAUGGUUUGAUCGC